AUCCAAGGCGAAGGCUGUUUUUGAGGAGCUGUGGUUCACACAGAAACUGGAUCACUUCAAUGGUGCAGACAGCAGAGAGUGGAAGCAAAGGUAUUUCAUAAACGAAUCUUUCUACAAGCCUGGUGGUCCGGUGUUUCUGAUGAUCGGUGGAGAGGGUCCAGCUAAUCCGGCGUGGAUGCAAUACGGCACCUGGCUCACCUACGCAGAGAAACUGGGAGCACUCUGCCUGAUGCUGGAGCAUCGUUUCUACGGAAAGAGUCACCCGACGGUGAACCUCAGCACAGACAGCCUGCGCUUCCUCAGCAGCCGGCAGGCCUUGGCUGACCUGGCUCACUUCCGUACGGUGAUGGGUAAAGCCCAAGGGCUGACCAACAGUCGGUGGGUGGCUUUCGGUGGGUCAUACCCGGGCUCUCUGGCUGCUUGGUUCAGGUUGAAGUACCCCCACCUGGUGCAUGCAUCUGUGGCCACUAGUGCUCCUGUGUAUGCCACCGUCAACUUCCCAGAGUACUUGGAGGUUGUGUGGCAUUCACUGGCCUCAGAAAACACAGAGUGCCCCAUUCUGGUGAAAAAGGCGUCUGAUACCCUCGUCGCACAACUGAAAGACCCCACAACCUUUGACAACAUCACCAAAGACUUUAAUUUGUGCUCCAAACUGCAGAUCCAGACAGAGAUGGACUCUGCCUAUCUCCUGGAAACACUUGCAGGCAACUUCAUGGAUGUGGUCCAGUAUAAUGAAGACAACAGAGGGUUUGAGGGUGCGGUGGGUGGCAACAUAACCAUCAAGGUGCUGUGCGGCGUGAUGGCCAACGCCUCACUGGGAGAUCCGUAUGCCCGCUACGCUGCCGUGGCCCGUCUGAUGAUGGACACUCUCUCUCUGAAGUGUCUGGAUGCCAGCUUCAGUAACUACACCAGAGACAUGAGUAAUACAUCCUGGGAUGGGCCUGCUGCAGGGGGAGGGAGACAGUGGGUCUAUCAGACGUGCAGUGAAUUUGGAUUCUACCAGAGCACAGAUUCACCUAACCAGCCAUUCAGUGGCUUCCCUCUCGGUUAUCAGGUGAAGCAGUGUGCAGCUUUCUACAACAUAAGUGCCGAGCAGGUGGCAGAGGCCGUGGCCCAGACCAAUGAGUACUACGGAGGCUAUGACAUCCGCUCCAGCAGAAUAGUUUUCCCCAAUGGGUCCAUCGACCCAUGGCACGCCUUGGGAAUCACCCAGGACAUCACAGCUGAGCUCCCUGCUGUUUUCAUCAAAGGAACAGCUCACUGUGCCAACAUGUACCCAGCCCGGAGCCAGGAUCUCCCACAGCUGUCUUUAGCUCGGGACCACAUCUUUUUACUCCUCCAGCAGUGGCUGAAGCAAUAAAUCCCGGAUGAAGUGAAGUGAAUCCUCCUGAUCAAUAAAACUUGGAACAAGACUUUUUAAAUUGCUGUCAGAUUUAUGGCUGCUUUAAAUGCUAACUUGCACUAUUCUCAGUUAAAAAGCAGCUGAAUGUUGAGGAGUUCAGGAGUAUUUUUUUGAAGUGAUUUAUUUUUCAUUUUCACUUUUCUUUUAUGUUUGCAGUUUUAGAGUAAACUGCUGCCUGAGUGGAACGUUGAAUGCUGUAUUGUGAUUUUUUUAUGCCUUUAGAAGUUGAUGUAUAACUUUUUUUGGUCCAUGUUCACAUAUCUGUAAAUCAGGUAUCACUCCUCUGAGCCAGUUUUGAAAUUUGAUUUGCCAGCUUAAAUCGGACACACAAGAACCCUGUCUGUUUUUUUAAUUAGUUUUUCUCUGACCUCAAAAUGAUUGAAGUGGAAAAUUCAGACUGAUCUUUUCUGUUUGCAACAUAAGUAAAUGAGUAAUGAGUGUAUCUUCUGUUGAUUAUAUUGUUGAUUAGCAUUACGCUUUUUGUGUUUUUAAUUUGCUAAUGAUAAAUAAACCUUGAUUUAUUGCAACAUAAAA